AUGUCCACUUGCAAUGCCCAAACCUCAAUCUUCUCACCUGAGCAUCCCGCCACUACAGACGCCCUGGAAAGCUUCACGGCUGCACAACAGAUCGUAGAUAUUCGCACCAUGACCGGCCAGUAUGUCGAAGAAGACUGGCACCUCACCAACAGUAUCACACCCGUGCUAUGCUUCACCACUGCCGUAUUAUACGCCCUCUAUAUCCUCUCUUUCCCGCCACCUACGCGCCUCUACCGCAGACUCUCCAUCCUCAUCCUCGCAAUACCAACAUGGUACGCAUUCCGGUACUCGGACCAACUCUGCCCGAACUACAACUUAGUCGACACUUUUGCGCGGACAUGUCUGAUAUGGUUCGCGCACAUGAGCUACGAGAUCUGUGUCGUGGAAUUUGCGCCAGUUCUAUCAGAAGAGAAACAUGAUAUGGGAGAGUGGGAACAAACGAAAGAGAAAGUCAGACAGGGAUACAAGGUACUUUUUGAUCGGAAUCAUACACAGGUUCUCCAACAGCAACAAAGACACCACAUACCGAGAAACCCCGAUGAGAUUUCAGCAACAAUGGAAAAGGCAGGGGAAGAGCAGUACACGGAGACUGACAAGAAGACCGACGAACCUGUCAUGUCAAGCACUCGUGUUCAGCAGGGUGUUGCGCUGCCGAUGGGACACCGCCACGGCUACUCGCGCUGGGGAUUCGUCAGCUACCAUAUCCUCAAGGGACUCUUUUACUAUGGCCUUGGAUACGUAUAUAAUCUCUACGAAACAUCAUACUCUCCCCUCGUUGAACCCCCCACCGUAUACAUGACACCGGAGCUUGCAUCUUAUUUCCAGUGCUUCGCACUGUCUGUGAAUUACCAAGAGCUAUUCUGGCGCUUAGAGUUCACAUUUGACUGGUGCGUAGUAUCCUUGUGGCAGUACGAAGGCUAUCACAGUAUGUUCGCCAUCUUCUACGUCGGUUCGGGGCUCGACGGACCGGAGGAGUGGUCUACAGCUCUCUUUGGUCCGUUUAGUAACGCGUGGUCGGUGAGACAGUACUGGGGUAAGCAUUGGCACAACUAUGUCUAUCACUCCUUCUCAGGCCAUGUCAAAUGUAUGACGCGGGGCUGGCUGGGUAUGAAGCUUGCGGACUCAACCCGAUUGAUCGAAAACACGCUCGUCUUCCUUGGUUCCGGGCUCAUGCAUUCGCUCGUGCGGUGGCAGCAGGCUCCCUGGGGCGAUUGUUGGGGUAUUGCCUGUUGGUACGUUGCGCAGAUGCUACCUAUGAUCUUCGAGUGGGGUGUGGCGACUCACUGGAGCAAGGUGCGGAGGUGGUUAGGGUUCAGGGCGGAUACGAGAUGGUUGAAUCGCGCGGAGUAUGCGAUUGGGUACUUGUGGGUCGCCUUCUGGUUCUUGUACAGUGUGCCCAAGUAUUACGAAACGAGGAUUGCAUGGACGGAUGCAAAAACGGUUAAGAAGUUCACGGCAGAGUUGGAGGCUGCUCAGGCUCUCAACGAGACAGACGCAGAUUGA